AUGGGGAAAGUAACUGGUCUUAAAAGUGGGAACAGGAAUAAAUCCAGAAGAAAGAUCAGCAAUGAUCUAUUUGACUGGAAUUUUAUUAUCGGCGUUGACAAAAGUAAUAAGAAAAUGAAAGAUAAAACGGUAAUUAUUACUGGUUGCACGUCUGGUUUGGGCAAGGAAACGGCUAAACGUUUAGCUAAAAAAGGAGCCAAAGUGAUUAUGGCAUGUAGAAGGGUCGAUGCAGCAAAUACGAUUAAAGAGGAAAUAGUAAAAGAGACAGAAAAUUCUAAUGUCAUCGUACGUAAACUAGAUCUUGCUUCUUUGCAGUCGAUAAGAAAUUUUGCUGAGUUAAUAAACAAAGAAGAAAGUAGAUUGGAUGUUCUCAUUCACAACGCAGCUACAGUUCAGUUUUUACAAAAUCAAAUUACUGAAGAUGAUUUAGAGAUAACUAUGGCUACCAAUCAUUAUGGGCCAUUUCUUCUAACUCAUCUUUUAAUAGAUCUGUUAAAACAAUCACAGCCGAGUCGAAUAGUCAUAGUUUCAUCGGUAGCAUAUAAGUUUGGCUUACUAAACUUAAACAAUCCUAAUCCAACAAAUUCGUUUCUUCCUGUUAGACAUUACUUUACCUCGAAAUAUGAAAACCUAAUGUUUACAUUAGAAUUAGCACGUCGUUUAGAAGGUACUGGCGUUGUUGCAAAUUGUCUGCACCCUGGUAUCAUAGAUACUGGAAUUUGGAGAAAAUCGCCAAAUAUUUUAUAUUGGAUUGUUAAAUAUAUAAUAAUAUUUCCACUGGGAAUAACACUCGAGGAAGGAACUGAACGAAUUAUUUAUCUUGCUGAGUCCGAAGAAAUCAAUGGAGUAUCUGGAAAAUAUUUUGUUAAAUAUUAUAGACAUUUUGCGAAAAAUAGCUUAACGACUAUAAUCCGGAAUCCUGACCUGAGCAAAAGAUUUUGGGAGAUCAGUGAAAGACUAGUUAAGUUACAACCAACCGAUCCUAAAAUAUAA